AUGCAGGCUGGAGUAUCGGACGCUCGGACGACACAUCCCGGUAGGCGGUGGGCCAGGUUUCUCAGCCCAUUCUACCAGAACAGGACGGGUAUGGAUGGUCCCGGACGAUUGACCAAGAAUGGGUGCUGGGAUUUGCGGGGUUGUUGCAACAGCGAGUUCUGUUGUCGUGUGUCGCAUUUGCCGGCCUCGCGCCAAUGGCCUUGUCGCUUUCGAAGGCUUGGUCCGCGAAUGUUCUUUAUUUCGCGCAUGAGAGGCGCCCCAAGCCAGGCAUGGCUUGAUGUGACGUUUGCACAACCACGCGCAGAUGCCAAUACUGCCCCGGAUUUUUAUUGGCGCUAG